AGCUAUGGUGGCACUUAUCAAACACCCUGAUUCUCUAAACAUGUGCCACAAUCAAGAGGGAACUCGAUUCUUGACCUUUUGGAAAGCCAUAUGAUCUAGAUAGCUUGUUCUGUUUAUUUGAAGGUUGGUUUGUUGCUUCAGUGUCUGAGGUCUUCAUUCUUUGGACCAUCAGAAGAGGACAUACUUCUGAAGACAGAAGAGUAAUAGUUCUUCAAACAACCUAGUGAAAACAAUGAAGUAUCUUACUUAUCAGAUUUUUGUUGUUGAUGAUAUAUUGUGUUAGAUUAGUUCUUUGGCAUCUUAGUUGUCCACUCCCUUUGCAUUGUAUUUAAUAUGCUGAAGCUGGAUUAAGAUUGUGAAGGUUGGCUUCAUCUUCUUUGGUGGCUUUCUAGUCAACAGUUGAAGAGGGGAAAGUUGAAAUGUCCCUAGUUGGUGGAUGUUCAUAAUGUAAAUUAGUUGAAUUGAUGCUGGAAAAGGUAGCUGAAUGAAGAUCAGUGUGUUGCAUAAUAACCAAAAUUAAAUGUUUGUGGGAAAUCUAACGCGAAGAGCUCCUCAAAAAAAGGUAUCUUGCAGCUGUGAGAUUUUCUCAGUAUGAUCAAUCACCUAUGGCUUAGAUAUACUUCUUCCAUACAUUUACUCGGAACUCAUGGUUGAAGUAAGUGAAGAAAAGUAUAUGGCUUUAAAUCAGAUCAAUUGGCAUUGUCAAGAAUUUACCUGAGAUGUUAGAAUGCCUUCAUAUUUGUUGUUUUAUGUUUGCUGUUAAUGGUACCGACUUCAUUGGGUGCAUUUGAUUCGAGUCAACCUAAUGGGGAUUGGGGUCAGAUGAUUGAAAUCUGCAGGACUGCAGAUUCUGCUGCCCAAGUUAUGCUGGACAGAGACACGGGCCGACCUCGUGGAUUUGGGUUUUUAACAUUUGCAGACCGCCGAGCAAUGGAGGAUGCAAUAAGAGAAAUGGAUGGUGCGGAGGUUGGUGAUAGGGUGAUAUCAGUGAACAAGGCCCAACCAAAGAUGGGAAGUGAGGAUCCUGACCAUGGGUAUGGUGGAGGUUACGUAUCAGGUGGCAGGGCGAGCUAUGGUGGGGGUAAUAGGUCAGUUGGGCAAGACACUUGCUUCAGCUGUGGUCGCCCUGGCCAUUGGGCUAGAGACUGUCCAUUGGAAGGAGGUGGCCGGGGUGCUCGACCACUAACACCCCCGACUCGUUCUAGGUAUGGUGGCGCACGUGGGGAUAGGUUUGGAAGUGACCGUGAUAGGUACAUCGAUGACCGAUAUGAUAGAGGGAACCAUGCUGAUAGGGAGAGCUAUGACAGCAGAUAUGAGAGUCGUGAUCGAUACACUAGUGACAGGUACCCUCCUGGUGGUGAUCACUUGGGCAACAGGUAUGGGGGUUCUGACCGCUACCCCCAGAAUGACUAUGGCAAAGAAAGAGGGUUUGACAGAGAUGUGGGUGACAGAUAUGAAGCUGGAGGGCCAGCACGAUAUGAGGGAAGAAACUACAGAGAUAGAGCAGGACCUUAUGAUCGCCCUCGAAGGGGAGGCAGGCAGCCUUCCUUUGACCGUUACUGAGAUGAAUAAGCACAUCCAUGUUGAAUUUUAGUUGAUCUCUGUAGUAGUAUAGUGGUACGGAGCACACUAGGAUAAAUGUAUGUCGCUCUGUUUGGAAGCAGUUAGUAGUGACUAGUGAAUAGUGACUAUGCAUGAGUAUUGACAAGUAGAGUAAAUCAGUAGAGCUAUGUUUUUUCAGUGAAUAUUGUAUGCUUGAUAAAAGAUGGAGCUUCCUCUAUUGGAAUGCAUUAUGGUGUUUCCACUUAUAAUA